AUGGGCCUGCAGCACUGUGCCCACCUCUUCCUUGCCUCGCUGCAACCCCAGGGAAUGUGGAAGCAGAGCCAGAUGGGCAGGAGGGCUGGGGAGGGUGAAUUACAUCAAAAAACACAUACAAGGGAGAAGCCCUAUGCGUGUAAUGAAUGUGAAUUUUUUUUUCAGAAGUGGGAGCUUACUAUGCAUCAGAGAAUUCACACAGGAAGAAAGUCCCAUAAAUCGCUGGGCUCCCGCCGUCUCCGUCCCCUCCCUCCACGCUCGGGGCUCGGGGACCCUCCCGAGGCGUCCGCGCUCCCUGGAUCUAAGGAGCGUCUGGAACGCCCGCUGACGCCGACACUGGCCCGACAACGGCCACACCCGGGCUCCCGCCUCCCGCAGAGGGGCGAGGCCGAGGGGACCGUCGCCGGUCGUCCCGGAGUUGGCCUUUAG